GGUCGGAAGGUAGGCGGGGCUUAGUGAACACAACGGCGGAAAAUGGCGCCCAGCUCGAAAUCAGAAAAGGACGGUAACAAACAAACGCAGAGAAAACACAAAGAACAUGUCGUCAAGCUUCUGAACCGUGGAAAGUUGUCUGGCCAGUAUUCUCAGCGCUUGUUCAGGAAACUACCACCGCGCGUCUGUGUUCCCCUGAAGAACAUAGUCAGCGAGGAGUUCCUCAGAGCAGGACACAUCUUCCUGGGGUUCACUAAGUGUGGUCGUUACGUGCUGUCCUACACCAGUGACUGUGGAGAGGACGAUGACUUCUCCUUCUACACCUAUCACCUCUACUGGUGGGAGUUCAACCUACACAGCAGACUCAAACAGGUGCACCAUGUGCGUCUGUUUACAGGUGAGGACAUCUACAGUGAUCUCUACCUGACAGUGUGUGAGUGGCCCAACGACCACUCCAAGAUCGUCAUCUUUGGCUUCAAUACUCGUAGCUCCAGCUCAGUGUUGAUGAAUCUGAUGAUGAGUGAUGAGAACAACAGAGAUAUCUACAUCACCAUCGCCUCCAUGCCUCCUCUCAGACCCUGCUCUCAAUGCUGCCCCCCAAAUACCUCUACCAUACGCACAGGUAGUGGAGAGUGUCUGGAACAUGGCUAUAUGUUGAACAGUCGGUACCAGGUGGUCUAUCCCUUCCCCACCUUCCAGCCUGCCUUCCAGCUGAAGAAAGACCAGGUGAUCUUCCUCAACACCUCCUAUUCCCUGGUGGCCUGCUCUGUGUCCCUCUGUCCAGCAGGUGAGCAGGGUCAUUCCUCUCAGAUCCUGUUCAGAAAGAGAGCCACAGCCCCCACCUUAGAACAUCAAACCCCUCCAUCGCCCUCUUCAUCCUCUUCCUCUCACGGGUCUCCCGACAGCCGCCUGCUAACCGCCAAACCAAGCCCCGCCCCUCUUUCCCCUAGCCAAUCACAAGCUGCCGCCCGGGCGCGAGAGUUCGCCGCCGACCUCUUCAGACGUGCCCAGGGAGGAGGGAGAGAAAACGAGGGAGGGGAGAGGAGAGGGAAACCGGAGGGAAGCGAAGUAGGAGAGGAGGCCGUCGUGACUGAGAGAGAAGGGGUGAGCGUGGAGAGGGACAGAGAACAGAGGGAAGACGCACAGACGGAUCAACUGACUAGCGCACCACAGACUUCCACUUCAGCUGGGAACCAAAGCUUGUUGCGACCUUUGCAGGAGGACUCUAUUCAGUGUAGUGCGGUGAUGUCUCCUGCCUCCUCCUCCUCUUCCACCCCCACUCCUCAUUCUUCUCAGGAAGCAGGCUGCAGCGAGCCGGGAUAUGUCAACUACACCCGCUUGCAGUACCGCAUGCCACAGCCGGGGGCGCCAGAGCAGGAUGCAGGAGGUUAUGAGGAUGAUAAGGUCCAGCUGCCCUUCACUGUGACUGACCUGAAGGGACGCAACCUACAGCUGGUCACUGGGCCCCACAACGGACAGAGUGUGUGUGUGGAGCAGUUGACUUUGGACUUUGAGUACCUGAUCAACGAGGUGAUCCGGAGCGACGCCCGCUGGGCUGCUCAGUUCUGUUCCUUCAACGACUACGACGUUGUUAUACUGGAGGUGUGUCCAGAGACUAACACAGUGGUGAUCAACAUUGGGCUGCUGCUUCUGGCGUUCUCCAACCCUGAAGAGGAACACUGCAGGCCCAACACCUACCACUCCAGUCUGCAGGUGAGCUGGGACCUCAACACAGGAGUGUGUCACACCGUCGGGGUCGGUGACCUCACUGAGGUCAAGGGUCAGACCAGUGGCAGUGUAUGGAGUUCGUACAGGAAGUCUUGUGUGAACACAGUGAUGAAGUGGCUGGUUCCGGAGAGCAGCUCUCGUUACAUCAACCGCAUGACCAACGAGGCCCUGCACAAAGGUUCCUCUCUACAGGUGUUGGCUGACAGCGACCGGAGUACCUGGAUCAUACUAUGAGGGACAACAGAGGGGUGUCCUGACACCAGAGGCUCGGACUGUCACACACACCCAUCCACACACCUACACACAUACAGCAAGCCUGUUUAGCUGCUACAGUAACAGUCAUAGGAUCCCUCUCAAAUGGCACCCUAUUCCCUCCUAUUCCACCCUAUUCCCUCCUAUUCCACCCUAUUCCCUCCUAUUCCACAUGUGGUGCACUACGUUUCCAUUAUGCCUGUGGUGAGAAGUCGUGCUCUAUAUAGGACCUUCAGACUCCACUCUGGACCUGGAAACCAGUUCCACUGUUCCCCUCUAAUCAGGGACUGAUUUAGACCUGGGACACCAGUUCCACUGUUCCCCUCUAAUCAGGGACUGAUUUAGACCUGGAAACCAGUUCCACUGUUCCCCUCUAAUCAGGGACUGAUUUAGACCUGGAAACCAGUUCCACUGUUCCCCUCUAAUCAGGGACUGAUUUAGACCUGGGACACCAGUUCCACUGUUCCCCUCUAAUCAGGGACUGAUUUAGACCUGGGACACCAGUUCCACUGUUCCCCUCUAAUCAGGGACUGAUUUAGACCUGGGACACCAGUUCCACUGUUCCCCUCUAAUCAGGGACUGAUUUAGACCUGGAAACCAGUUCCACUGUUCCCCUCUAAUCAGGGACUGAUUUAGACCUGGGACACCAGUUCCACUGUUCCCCUCUAAUCAGGGACUGAUUUAGACCUGGGACACCAGUUCCACUGUUCCCCUCUAAUCAGGGACUGAUUUAGACCUGGGACACCAGGUGGGUGUGCAAUUAAUGAUCAGGUAGACCAGAAAGCAGGCUCCGGACUUCGUAGGGUCAGAGUUGAAAACCCCCGAUUUAGGGAAUAGGGUGCCAUGUUGUCAUGACUCAGUUACGACAUGUCGCCAACGUGAAUCUGUGCACCUGCCUCUGUGUGUGAUGUUGUAGGAUGGAAGAAACGAGGCAUUGUGUUUUCCACAUGUUCUGUUUUUGUUUGACGAUAUAAUGUAACAUAAUUUGCACCCAGAGCUGGACUGAACAAAGAUGAUUUUACUGUGGGUUUUUAGUUCGGUUUGUUUGGUGUAAUUUUCCGUUUUAUGACUGUGAGAGAGAGAGAUGUUGUGUGGUCCUCAUGCCUAUGAUUCUGCUGCUGUUCACACAACCUAAAGGCCACUCCUCUAAACCAGCUUUGUCCAGUUCGAUCUGGUUUGAUCCAGGUCUGUCUGACUGCAACAGGGCCUACACAUGAACCGGAACCAAUCCUGUUAUUUGUCGCUCUGGAGGGACUGACGUUCCCCCUAGGUACAGAUCUAGGAUCAGCUUCCCCUCCCCCAAUCCUAACCUUAACCAUUAGUGGGGGGAAAUGUUAAACUGACCGCAGAUCAGUGUCUAAGGGCAACUUCACCAUCGACAGAUUUCUUCUUGGAUUGCGUCCAACAUGGCUCCCUAUGUAGUGCACUACGUUUUGUCCAGAGCCUCAUAAGCUCUCAUAGGACUUUGGUCAAAAGUAGUGCACUACAUAGGGAAUAGGGUGUCAGUUCAGAUUGUCCCCUUUAUAAAUGUAUUUGUAUGUGAUGGAGUUAACUUUCCCAGAUUUACUGCCUAGUCCUUCAUCCCAGGAAUCUUUUUUUAGGAAAGUUACAACCCUAGAUGGAGCAGAGGCUUAUGGGAAAUGUAGUUUAAGCAAGCCUGUCAUUAUCUGGCUGUAUUUUAAGAUUGGAAGGAGAGAGCAUGGUUCACUUGAUUAUUUUUUGAUAAAAAUAAAUUGAAAGAUUCA